CCUGCCGUUCCUCCCCAGCCCCCCCCCGAGCACCGGAGCCGCGCCAUGAGGGAGAGCCUGGACGCCCUGUGCACCCUGGGCCCCCCCAUGGUGAAGCCGGAGCCGGUGCCGCAGGCGGAGGAGACGGGGGCGUCAAGCUGUGCCAGCUCAGGGCUGUUGGUGGUCCCCAAGGUGGAGGCGAUGCCCGAGGGCGAUGGCGAGGAGCCGGGGGGGCUGGACCACGGCUGCUCAGAGGACUGGCUGGUGAGGAAGGUGAAGGUGGAAGAAGAGUAUGAAGAAUGGCCAGCCGGCCCCGAAGCCCUGCUGGGGGGGCAGCCCCCCUCCGGGGUGUUCCCCCCCCCAGCCGCCGCCGACACGCUGGGCUGCGGGGGCAACUGCAAAGCGGAGCGGCCGUGCCCGGAGGAGCUGGGCUACGGCGAGUUGGCCACCUUCGCCAUGUCGCCCUGGCCGCUGCUGGGCCAGAGCCCGGCCGGCGGGGGCUGCUUCCACGGGGGGCUGGGCCCGGGCGAGGGCGAAAGCGGCUCCUGCAGGGGCUGCGGGACCCCCCCGCGCCCCUUCGCCUGCGCCCAGUGCGGGAAGGGCUUUGGGAAGAAGGCUCACCUCACCCGGCACCUGCGGGUCCACACGGGCGAGCGGCCCUACCCCUGCGGCCAGUGCGGCCGCCGGUUCCGCCAGAAGAUCCACCUCCGCUCCCACCAGAAGACCCACACGGGGGAAAGACCCUUCCCCUGCCCCGAAUGCGGCCGGCGUUUCCGUAAGAAAACCCACCUGGUGCGGCACCAGCGCACCCACACCGGCGAGCGCCCCUUCCCCUGCGCCCGCUGCGGCCGCCGCUUCGCCCACAAGCAGCACCUCCUGCGGCACCAGCAGCUCCACGCCGAGCCGGCGGCACCGGGGGACGACGACGGGGGCGUCCCGACGGAGGAGAAACCCUUUCCGUGCCCGGAAUGCGGGAAGAGCUUCAGCUGGAAGAAGAACCUGGCGUCUCACCGCCGGCUGCACCGGGAAGGGCGUCCCUUCGCCUGCGCCGAGUGCGGCCGGGGCUUCGGCGACAAGCGGCACCUGACGGCCCACCUGCGCGGCCACAUGGGGCUCAAGCCCUACGCGUGUCCCCACUGCGAGAAGACCUUCAGCCACAAGCCCAACCUGGCCAGCCACCAGCGCACGCACACGGGCGAGCGGCCCUUCGCCUGCCCCCACUGCCCCCGCGCCUUCGCCCACAACCAGCACCUCCUGCGGCACCUGCGGGUCCACACGGGCGAGCGCCCCUUCCCCUGCCCCCAGUGCGGCCGCCGCUUCGGCUCCCGUCCCAACCUGCUGGCCCACGCCAAAGCCCACGCCGGCGCCCGGCCCUUCGCCUGCGGGCAGUGCGGCCGGGGCUUCAGCCGAAAAUCCCACCUGGAGAGGCACCAGGCGGUGCACACCGGCACCCGGCCCCACGGCUGCGGGCAGUGCGGCAAGCGCUUCAGCUCCAAGACCAACCUGGCCCGGCACCAGGCGGUGCACACCGGCCACCGGCCCUACAUCUGCACCCAGUGCGGCAAGAGCUUCAGCCGCAAAACCCAUCUGCUGCGCCACGAGCGCACCCACCUCGGCGCCGGCCCGUUCCGCUGCGCCCAGUGCGGCAAAGGUUUCCGCCAGAAGCAAAGCCUCAUCACCCACGAGAGGAUCCACACCGGGGAGAAGCCCUACCGCUGCGGGGACUGCGGGAAGAGCUUCAGCCAGCGGCCAAACCUCCUCACCCACCGCCGGGUGCACACCGGGGAGCGCCCCUUCCCCUGCACCCAGUGCGGCAAGAGCUUCAGCCAAAAAGCCAACCUCCUGGCCCACCAGCGCAUCCACGCCGCCGGAGAGAAGGCCCUGGCGGGCGGCGAGCAGGAGGACGGGGCUUCCAGCAAACCCAAGCUGCGAUCCCAGCAGAGGAAUUACCAGGAGGACACCCCUUUCGUCUGCCCCGAGUGCGGGAAGAGCUUCAGGCAGAAGCCCAACCUCAUCACCCACCGCCGGAUCCACACCGGGGAGCGGCCCUUCACCUGCUUCCUCUGCGGGAGGAGCUUCAACCAGAAAACCAACCUGGUCACCCACUACCGGGUGCACACCGGGGAGCGCCCCUUCGCCUGCACCCAGUGCGGCAAACGCUUCACCCAAAAAACCAACCUGGUGACCCACCAGAGCACCCACACGGACCUGCGGCCCUACCCCUGCGGCCAGUGCCAGAAGUGCUUCAAGGACAAAGUCUCCCUCAAAGCCCACCAGAAGACCCACGCCCCGCGGCAACGACGCUGCCCGGGUCGCAGCCCGGCCGCCAGCCUGCCCUACGGGCCCGCUCCCACCCUGCUCCAACCCGGGGGGCCCGAGCAAGAGGCCCCCCCGUUCAGCCCCAUGCCGCCGCUGCCCGUCCAGAAGAUCCCUGAGGGCCAGGAGCUCUACUCGUGCACGGAGAAGAGCUUUCCCCCCAAGGAGCCCCUCCUGCCCCACCAACAGCCCCCCCUGGGCGAGCAAACCUUCCCCUGCGUCCAGUGCGGGGAGGGCUUCUGCCAGAAGGUGACUCUGCUCCGGCCGCAGCACGGUCCCGCCGCCGAGGCUGCCGGGGGGUGCGCGGCGACCUUCACCCACGGCCCCCACCUCCUGGGACACCUCGGGGUGCAGCCCGUUUUGGGGGAUGCCACCCCCCCGGCUCCUCCAGCCCCCGGGACGGAAAAACCCUUCAUCUGUAACCAGUGCGGCAACAGCUUCGGGCUCUGGCUCUCUCUGGUGGCCCACCAGAAGACCCACGUCGGCCAGAAGUCCUACCCCUGCCCCGAGCACGACAAAAGCUCCGGCGACGAGUUGUCCCCCAAAGAUCUCCAGGAGAAGGUGGGGGAAGGGAGAGCCUGGGUGUGCCCCGAGUGCGGGAGGAGCUUCCCCCAGUACGACCGGCUGGUAAAACACCGGCAGAACCACCGGGGCAGAGGACCCUACCGCUGCGACGUCUGCGGCAAGAGGUUCAGCCUGAAGACCAACCUGGUGACCCACCAACGCAUCCACACCGGGGAGCGCCCCUUCACCUGCGGCGUCUGCGGCCGCCGCUUCAACCAGAAGGGCAACCUGGUCACCCACUACCGCACCCACACCGGGGAGCGCCCCUUCGCCUGCGCCCAGUGCGGCAAGCGCUUCGCCCAGAAACCCAACCUCAUCGCCCACCAGAAGACCCACAGCGGCCGCCAGCCCUUCACCUGCCUGGAGUGUCCCAAACGCUUCAAGAGCAAACUCUCCCUCAGGGUCCACCAACGCGUCCACGUCACCGAACCCCCCCAGGGCCAAACGGGCCAGACCCCCGCCCUCCAAACCCACCCGGGGAGCCCCUACCCCUGUUCCCUCUGCGGGGAGAGCUUCGAGGAGCACGGGGAGCUCCAGCUGCACCGGCAGGGCCACGCGGGCGAGCGGCCCCACGCCUGCGCCGAGUGCGGCAAGAGGUUCCGGCAGAAGGUGAACCUGGCCGUGCACCAGCGCACCCACACCGGGGAGAGGCCCUUCCGCUGCGCCGAGUGCGGCAAGGGCUUCAGCCAAAAAGCCCACCUCCUCCGGCACCGCAGGACCCACGCCGGCGCCCUCCCUUCCUCCUCCUCCUCCUCUUCCUCCUCCUCCUGCUGCUGCCAGGGAACUUGCCCGGCCCACCGGGAAGAACCGGAGGGGAGCGUGGUUCCUUUGGGAAAAGGCUCCGAGCCGCCGCCCCCCCCGGGGGUCCUGCUGCCCCCCUGCUCCCGCGGAGCCCCCCACGGGGCGCUGGCUCGGGAGGAGCUGCGGCCGCCGGCGCAGCCCCCCCACAGACCCGAGAGCCCCUCGGGGGCAGCCGACAUCCUCCUCCAGCUGAUGCAGGAGGAGCACCCCCUGGUCGCCGGCUCCCACCACCACCCCCAGGAAGGACCCCCCGGCUCCUGCCCUUGUAAAUGCGGCGAGGGAGGGGAAGCUUUGAACCCCAAGCCCCCCACCCUGCCCCCCCAGUGCUGCUGCGCCGACUGCGUCAACCAGCGCCAGCUCCUCCUCAAGCCCCCCCAGCCCGACUGCCGUGGGGAGCUGUGGGGCAAGUUCGGCGCCGCCCCCGGCAGAAGUUUUGAGGAGAAACGGGGCCUGAGAGUGCCCGAGCGAGCGCACGCCGAAGAGAAACCCUCCCCCUGCCCCAGCUGCUUGUAACCCCCAGCCCCCCCCAAAAAAACCCGACCUGCCGAGGCAGGGUUGGGGGGGGGGCUGCCCCCUUCCCCACCGCCCUCCCCUCUUGCACUAAAAAGACACAAAAACCUAACGAUGCUGGGGAAUAACGGUGGAUUUGGGGAGCGGGGAGGCUCGGAGGAGCCCCCCCCGACCUUGCCCCACGGAGGGGGUGGAGGAGGAGGAGGUGGACUCGGAGGCGCUUGCCUGAGCUUUUCUAAUUAAUUAACCUACCAAAUCUAAUGAGGGGAGGGAGCGGAGGGGAGCCCGGAUCGGCCGUGGGGAGCGGGAAAGAGCUCGGGAUCCCCCGGCUUCAGGACUGCUUCCGUCGUGCUCCUCUCUCCGUGGGGCAGAGAGGGGCCUCCAUGGGGCAGAGAGGGGUCUCCGUGGGGCAGAGAGGGGCCUCUGUGGGGCAGGAGCUUCUCCCACCACCCUCCAUCCUUUCUCCUCCCCCCUGGAUGUGGUUCCGCUGGGGAUGCGGAGCCCGGAGCUGGGGAGGGAGAGGGUCCAGGACCCCCGGAGGAGGUGGCCUCUUGCCGAUGCUCCUCGGCCACUGCCUGGGUGGGGGGGUCCGAGGCUGCC